AUGAUAAGACCCUAUUUGAAGGUUAUCUUAUUCCUUAUAAUCAGUCUUAAAAGAGACAAAUUUUGUCUUGCUCAAUCCUCCGACUCAUCAUGCUGGGAGGGCGGUACAGGUAGCUACCCCACGUCCCACAAGUUGGGACAGCAGCAGUUUACAGACUACUUGACAUGUCAGAAUUGGUGUGAUGAGGACCCGAACUGUGUUGCUGCAGUGGUCUCUAGGAGUCUCUGUGUUAAGCUAGCUUCUGAGGACAUCUCCUCUCAACCUGGAUCCCAGGCUGCAUUAAAGGAUUGUUGGCAACAGACUACUGUAACUGCAACAACAACAGCGAUAGGGGAUGACAAAUUUGCAACAGCAAGAUGUGCAAAUGGCUACAAGGCAGUUGAUUGCUACUCCAACUAUCCGAUGUCUUCUAUUCUGGACGGUGUAACAAUUUACAAGGACUCCUGCUAUGUGUCUAUGUCCGCGUCCUCCAGAAAACAUGUCGAUGUGACCGCCACGUGUAGAAAGGAGAGAACUUGUUCAACUAACACAGAGAUUACGAAAUACAAACACUUGAAGCAAGCUAAUUGGGUUACUGGAGGCACAAAGUUAGAGUGUCCACCUGGAUACGAGCUACUCGGCUGUUACAUAACCUCAGCUUGGUCGCCUGGUAUGGACUUCAAAAACAUUCAAACUGGAGGGAAGACCAUACAACUCUUGCUCCUUCACAACACAAUAAGAUAA